AUAGUUUUCCAGGGUCUGCUAAUCUCUGUGCACUUAUUAGAAGGUGUGGAGAGGAACUGUCGCAAUUAGCACGGAAAACGAGAGAUGUAGGGAAUGAUAUUCCGAGAAAGUGAGACAUUUUUGUACAUCGGUUGGCAAGGCUUUCAUCGAAGUUACUGUGUUCUUUUUGCAAGUUGAGCUGUGUUAGGCCGCGGUUCAAGUGAAGAUUAGUCCUGUGUUAUUAUUAUUAUUAUUUUUGUGUAAAUGGACUAUCCAUAGCGCUUAAAUCAACGCCGAUAUGCAUUCAUCAAGCGUUCAUUAGACACCGUUGUGACGUGUAAGAUCGGCACUAAACCAGGAAAACAAUCGAAAUUUGCAUAACAGUCAUACUGAGGUCAUCAGUUGGCGUUUGGCCUACACAUGUGCUAUAUCUUAAGGCGUCUUGAUUGUUAAAACCAUAACCACUUCAGUUGACGUGGUGUAAGGCUGCCACUAUCCCCGAGGCAAUUCCGUUAAAGUGCGCCGUUUGAGAGUUGGUACUUACAGUGGCACUCAAAGACAUUGCUUUUGGCUGCUGCAGAGCCACCGACUUUGUGUUCUGAAAUGGUUACUGUUUAGUUGAACUGUGAAGAAAUCCAAGAAGAUACGGAUGCGUAUUAAAGGCAAGAAAAUGGUGUGCUUGCAGUUAUUUCUGCUCUUGGUCGUAUCAAGCGUCACAGACUCAUACGAGCAAUCAUCCUCGAUCGACAACGGUCCUUUGAAAGAGGACCCUGAUGGUUCCACGUAUGACAUUUUUGAGAGUUUAGAUGACUCAAAUAUGAAUCCUGCACUCCUCAAGCCUAAAGAUGGAGCCGAUACUUUCUUUUUCAAAAUCAAACGUUAUUGUUCAUGGUGCUUAAGGCAAACCCCGCCCUGUAGUGACGCUUGGAAAUGUAUGAUGUAUAUGGAGGCCAUGAAAUGGAAACGCUGUAUCCCCUGUCCCUCUACCUUACCUGGUAUACAGUGCGACCCAUCUUGCCAGGACACCGACACCUUUAAACUCCCCGCAAAACAUUCUGUGUAUGAAAACAGCGGAGCACCUGCACCCGACAUUGCUCAUUGCUGGAACAAUUGCUCAGCAACAGAUGGUCGCAUUGGAUGUCUCUAUUUGUGCUUGGCUCACCAGGAAAUAUUUAACGAAAUACAGGAAGCCCUUUUACAGAGUGAUGAGAACGAUAUGAUGAAUGAUAAAAAUGAACAAAAAUCUUUAGACAGAAGCGACAAAAAGCGAGGAUUCCCCGUUUUUAGUGGUAAACGUGGAUUCCCCGUGUUUAGUGGUAAGCGCGGGUUUCCUGUGUUUAGUGGAAAACGAGGAUUUCCUGUAUUUAGCGGUAAACGAGGAUUCCCUAUGUUUAACGGUAAGCGUGGAUUCCCCAUGUUUAGUGGCAAGAGAGGGUUCCCUGUGUUUAGUGGUAAACGAGGCUUUCCCGUAUUUAGCGGUAAACGAGGAUUCCCCAUGUUUAGUGGUAAAAGGGGAUUCCCUAUGUUUAGUGGGAAAAGAGGGUUUCCCGUAUUUAGCGGUAAACGAGGAUUCCCUAUUUUCGGCGGAAAGCGAGGAUUUCCCAUGUUUUCAGCAGCUGGAAAACGCAGCUUCACACCCUUUGUAAACGAAAAAGGUAUGGAAUUGGACAAACGAGGAUUUCCAAUAUUUUCAGCAGCUGGAAAACGCAGCUUUCCACUCUUUUUGAACGAAGAUGGUGUGGAACUGGACAAACGAGGAUUCCCGAUAUUUCAGAAGAUAAAGCGUGGAUUCCCCGUAUUUCUCCAUAGGCGGUCACUCAACGAGGAGAACAAGGACCAAAAACAGUUCUUAUCAAACGAAUCAAGAGAAAUCGAAAUGGUCGAUACGGACCAGUCAACGAAAAACGCUGCACCUACACAGAAUAUGUCUUAUGAUGACAGCGAACCACUGAGCACGUUAAAGCGUGGUUUUCCAAUCUCUCAGUUGGUACUCCAUCACCGAGGUGUAGGCAGGAUGAACAAGGUCACUUUGCCAAAACCCAACAUUGCCUUGUCCACCAUUAAAGGAUGUCUUGAUGUUUGUAAGGCUACCUCUUCUGCUGUCUUUUGGUUAAAAAAUAAAGUGGACUGUACUAGUAUAUGUUCACUACACGGAAGUCUCACGUACCGGAAAUGAUAUUUCGGGGUAGACACUAGAGCCUCUGGAUCUUGAUAUUUCAUCCUCUUGCGAACAAGUCAGCAAUAGAGAAUAUAAAGCACUUAUUUGUUUGCACACAAGGGCAGUAUUAUUAUUUACAGUAAUUUUAAUUUGCUGGCGUGCAUUUGCCGUGGUCUAUAUUAGACGAACACUGGUAUCGAGGAAUGAAAACCAGGCAAAACGCAUUGUGCCGUUUAAUUGUGUCAUAUGGGUUCAAAUAUCAUGUACAGUAUGCUAAAGCAGUCCUUGUAACACAUCAUCAGCACAAACUGUCUUCUGUAUAGUAAAGAAUCCCUCUAACUUCGGGUGGAUUUUUAUUCUCUAGGAUGUGAAACAUUAUAUUGCAUUAUCAGUUCGUUAAAUGUGUCAGAAAGACUGACUCAGUUGUACUGUCCACAUGGCUACGUGCUGACAUCUGGCUAUCAGACACUUUGCUAUGAACAUUAUGAACAGAGUCAGAGCCUUAUAUUGGAAAUUGAGAAUUGUAAAAAUGUAAGAAAAUUGUGGAUUCGACUUGAAAAAUUGUAGUUUUACAACCGUUAAAUAUUUAUGUAUGAUAACAUUUACUACUAUGCCGCAAAAGCUGCGCAAGUGAAAUACCGCGAUCCCAACCUUUCAGUGGUUCUAGACUGUG